AUGGAGGGGCCCCACUGGGGCGCCGCGGCGCGCGAGUGGGACGCCGUCGACUGCAAGACGCAGCUCGAGUCCAUGUGCCGCAGCCCGGGUGCUCUGCGGGAGAUGCUGCUCUUCGUCCAGACGGUGCUGGCAGCAGACCCCCGCCAGCCGUCCUUCCUCUUCCUGCUAAAGUACAUAAGGGCCGCCGGCGGCCUCCGCGCGCUCGGCGACGGCGACGGCGGCGCGCAGCAGUGGCGGCUGGCCGGCGGCGCGCAGCAGAUGGCCGCCGGGCUCGCGGCGGCGGUCGCGGGCGCGGGCGGCGGGGAGGUGCGGCUGUCACAUAUUGUGGAGUCCGUCGCCCAUUCAGCUUACAACUCCGCCGCCGCUCAGAAUCACAUUGAAUGUGGCAGCGACGAACCAGGUGUGUACACUGUUGCAGGGACCGUCGAGGGCAGCGGCAAGCCUUUCAGCCUGACGGCCCGCCGCGUCGUUGUGGCCAUGCCGCCUCCCGUGUGGAAGCAGGUCGCGUUUGACCCGCAGCUGCCUGAGGACCACCGGCUGCUGGCGGAGUCAAUGGUCAUGGGCUGCGUGGCCAAGGUGCUGGCCAUAUACCCGCAGCGCUUCUGGGCGCUCGAAGGCGAAGAGGCGGACAGCAGCACAGGCGGUGGUGCCGGCGGCGCGGACGACGAGGUUGUGAGGGACGCGCCGCGCCGGCCGCCGCGCCGCGCGCGCGGCGGCGCGGGCGGCAGGCGGCUCGAGGAGUGCGGGCCGGUGGCGAACCUGUUCCCGGGGGACUACGGCGGGCGGCCCGCGCUCGUGGGGCUGGUCACGGGCGCGGACGCGCGCGCGUUCACGGCGCUGCCAGAGGGGCGGCAGCGGGCGGCGGUGCUCGGCCAGUAUGCGGAAUACUUUGGGGCGCCAGAAGCGGCCGAGCCGGAGCUGUUUGUGGUGAAAGAAUGGAUGUCGGAGCGCUUCAGCGGCGGCUGCUUCGGCGGCCUCACGCCGCCGGGCCUGCUCUCGCGCGCGGGCGCGGCCGCGGCCGGCCGGGCCGCCGGCGGCGUGCACUUUGCUGGGAGCGAGGCGGCGGCGCGGUGGGUGGGGUACUUUGAGGGCGCGCUGGACGCGGGGCUGAGGGCAGCACUUGAGGUGCUUGCCGCCCUGCGGCCGGGCUUGGUGGGCAGCGCCGCCACCAGUGGCGGCGAUGGCGAGGGGCCGGCAGCCGCGCUGUAG